AUGAGUCUACUAGACUUGCCUUCAGAAAUUCUUUUAUGGGUGCUAGAGUGUCUAGGUGCAUCCUUCUUUCGAGAUGACAUCGGCCGUUUAACUGUCUGCAAGCGAUGGUACGGAGUUGCACACCACAUUUUCUAUGCCGAUAUCGAACUGCAGGCUGGAACUCUUUCGAAACUCUUCGCCCAUCCAAGCCUACCUACGAGAGCCCAUCUUUUUAAACAUAGCCUGAAAAUACUUACGGUCGAGCUGCGUGGGUUCAUGGACUGGAACCGCGUUUGCAUUCAAGAUUUGGAUGAUGGCAAUAUCCAGCCCUACAUCGACUCAUGGACAAGCAGUAUAAAUAAUAAUCUGUCUAAGCUCGCAGCGUAUAUCCAUGAAGGCAAAGUGCUUCGAACGCUUCGAUUUACAGCGUGGAGCGAAUUUACCCCUAUAUUUCCAACGCUUCCACGCCGAGACUAUCUAUACUUUGAUACUAUCUUCAACUUUCUCUCUCUCGAUAGUCUGACUGUCUUGGAAUUAGAUACCUGUGGUAGCCAUUUUAUUCAUUAUGGAGUCUCGCAGUCACAGUCUGGACGCCAAAGGCACAUUUGCCAACAUAUUGCCGCGCUUCUUCCACAGUUACAUUGUCUCCGUUUGCGCCUGCGUGAAAUAUGCCCCCUUGCUCUUCAGCCCCAGGGCGAGGACACUCCAUAUUUAAAAUCAGUUAUAGUGAAUCUCAGCCUAUCAAAUGAACCAUCGGAUAUCACGUCAGCAUCUUAUAGCAGGCGUUGUGGCUCGUCUGAAAGGCCUGGAUUUCUACAGCUACGGUCUGAUAUGGAAGAUCAAGCAACUCGCCUGGCAGGGCACAUGUCCUAUCCAGUAAUAGUAAGAGUUCUAUUCCAUCCUCAUAACGGCUGCUCUUCUCUAGGCUGGAAACAACAGUACCUUGAUGUUUUGACUGGAAAGCGUGCGAUGCUGGAGCCUUCUAUACCAUGGGACGAGGAUGGCGAGACCGAACCUGAAGAUUCAGGGGAGGAAUCAGACACUUAUGGCACUUCGCCAGGUUCUGAUAGUUAA